AUGACCAGUCCAGACUCAGUGUUGCUCUCCCCGAUUGACUCGUACGCCAACCGUGUAUGGAUGGCGCCGCUCACACGUUCGCGUUCCUCUAUGCCGGGCAAUAUCCCCAACGAACUCAUGGCGACCUACUACGAGCAGCGCGCCAGCAGCGGACUCAUCAUCGCUGAAGCAACCCCGAUCUCCCCGAUGGCGCACGGCUACUACGCGACCCCCGGCAUCCACAGCGACGAACAGGUCGCGGGAUGGAAGCUUGUCACCGAUCGAGUGCACGCCAAAGGCGGCAAAAUCUUCCUCCAGCUCUGGCACGUCGGACGCGUCUCCCACAGCGCGCUGCUCCCUGACAACCAACAGCCCGUCAGCUCGACCGAUGUGAUCUCGCAGUCCAAGACCUACAUCGACCAUUCGAUGGAGCGCCACGACAACACCCCGCCGCGAGCUCUGGAGACCGACGAGAUCCCUGGGAUCGUGCAAGAGUUUGUCGAUGCGACCCACCGCGCCAAAGCCGCGGGAUUCGACGGCGUCGAGAUCCACGGCGCCAACUCCUACCUCCUCGAUCAGUUCACCCGCGACGGCGUCAACAACCGCACCGACCAAUACGGCGGAUCGCUCGAAAACCGUCUCCGCUUCCCGCUCAUGGUUGCCCAAGCCGUGGUCGAAGCGUGGGACGACCCAUCGGGAGUGGGGUAUCGGAUCUCGCCGCUGAGUGAGCACAAAGAUGUCCGCGACUCUGAUCCCGAAGCGACCUUCUCCGCGCUGGCGCAAGGAUUGGGUGAGCUCAAGCUCGAGUAUCUUCAUGCUGUGGAGACCUGGGACCGAUCCGAGCUCGAUCCGCGCGUCGAGCAGGUCAUCCCGGCAAUUGUCAAGUCCUUCAAAGACGCCGGAGGGAAGCUCUACAUCGGGAACGGCGACUACUCCCCAGAGCAAGCCGAAUCCGCGAUCAACUCAGGUUGGUGCGACGCCGUCGCGUUUGGUCGUCCCUGGAUCCCCAACCCCGACCUCCCGGCACGCAUCGCAAACGACGGCCCGUACCGAACCCCGACCCCAGAGACCUUCUACGGCGGAGGUCCGGAGGGAUACACCGAGUACGCGACCGGAGCAAACGCCAUGACCGAAGCCGUUGAACAGCGACAUUUCAUCCAGCAGAUUAUCGACUCGGACAUCGAGUCAGGGAAGUGGGGGAUGCCCGGAGACCGCUCCGUCGUCACGACCCGAUUCCCUCCCGAACCCAACGGGUAUCUGCACAUCGGACACGCGAAAGCGAUUUUCAUCUGCCACGGAUUGGCACGUGAGUUUGGUGGCCGAUUCAAUCUCCGCUUCGAUGACACGAACCCCGCUGCUGAGGAAGCUGAGUUUGUUGAAUCCAUCACACACGAUAUCCAUUGGCUCGGUGCCCACUGGGACGGCGAUGUGCUGUUUGCUUCUGACUACUUCGACAAGAUGCACGGCUGGGCCGUGGACCUGAUCAACAAAGGACUCGCGUAUGUCGACGAGUCCACUCCGGAACAGAUCCGCGAGAUGCGUGGCUCGACCGAGGUCCCAGGAACCAACUCACCGUACCGCGAUCGUCCGAUCAGCGAAUCGCUCGACCUCUUCGACCAGAUGACUCACGGCAAGAUCGAGAAUGGGAAGAUGGUCCUGCGCGCCAAGAUCGACAUGACGCACUCAAACAUGAACAUGCGCGAUCCAGUGAUGUACCGCGUCGUCAACACGCCGCACCAUCGCACAGGGGAUAAGUGGCACAUCUACCCAAUGUACGACUGGGCGCACGGCUUGGAAGACUCCAUCGAAGGCGUCACGCAUUCAUUGUGCACACUCGAGUUCGAGGACCAUCGCCCGCUCUACAACUGGUUCAUCGACGCGAUCAACAAAGACCGAGACAACCCGAUCCAUCACCCUCAGCAGAUCGAGUUUUCCAGACUCGCGAUCAGCUACACCAAUAUGUCCAAGCGCUACAUGCGCCAGGUCGUCGAAGAGAACAUCGUCAUGGGAUGGGACGAUCCGCGCAUGAUCACCCUUGCGGGAUUCCGCCGUCGUGGAUUCACCCCCGAAUCCAUCCACGCGUUCGUGACAGGCGUCGGCGUGACCAAGUUCAACGCGAUGAUGGACAUGGGACGACUUGAGGGCGCCCUCCGUGACGAUCUCAACAAACGCGCCCCGCGCCGCAUGGCCGUGCUUGAUCCGAUCAAGCUGGUCAUCACCAACUGGGGUGACGGCGGAGAUGAAUCACGCGUCGAGAUGAUGGACGUCAUCAACAACCCUGAGGACGACUUUGCAGGAACUCGCCAAGUCCCGUUCGGGAAAGAGCUCUGGAUCGAGCGUGAGGACUUCAUGAUCGAUCCUCCCAAGAAGUUCUUCCGUUUGGGACCAGGUCGCGAGGUCCGUCUCCGCUGCGGAUACUGGGUCAAGUGCCACGACUACACGCAGGACAGCGAAGGCAACAUCACCGAGAUCCACUGCACCUACGACCCAAACACGCGAGGCGGGAACAACCCGCCCGCAGACGAAGAGGGCAAUGUCCGCAAAGUCAAAGGCACGCUCCACUGGGUCUACGCCGGGGAUUGCGUUGAUGCGGAGAUUCGUCUCUUCGAUCGAUUGUACAAAGCCGAGAAGCCGGGCAAAGCGACGGGCAACCACCUCGACGAUCUCAACGAGCACUCGCUGGAGAUCAGUAACCGCGCCAAGGUCGAGCGAUCACUGCUCAAUAAAACACCCGACGAGCCCGAGUGGAGCGACGGCAUCCGUCGCUUCCAGUUCGAACGCACCGGGUAUUUCUGCAUCGACCGCGAGUCCAGCGACGACAAGCUCGUCUUCAACCGGACCGCGACCCUGCGGGAUUCAUGGGCAAAGCAGCGCUAA